GACGUCAGUCAUACAACAAGUACCUCUGGACAGUAAUAGAUAGAAGUCAGAAGUUACCAGUUUUCAAGACAUCAAAGAAGUCAGCGAUAUGUCAGCUCUAAGAACUUGUGUCAUCCUCUUCGCUCUGGUCCUUUUGGGUGUGGCCGCCCUGCCGAGACCAGCUCCAGUUCCUGCUGGCCCAAGGGGCGGUCCGAGACCAGCGCCCGCUAAAGACCUCGAGGCGUCUGCCGACGAUGCCGAAGAUCUGAAAGGCGAAAACUCGUACGGCUACGGGUACUACGGCGGGUAUCCUGGCCUCCAUUACGGAUACUACCCUUAUAGCUACGGCUUCUACGGACACGGAUAUCCUUACUACGGAUAUGGUGGUUUGUAUGGAGGACACUGGUGGUAAACUCCAGAAUUUUUCCAGGUUAAAUUAACCAAAAAUUUUAAUUAAGUACACUAUAUAACCAAAGGAACACACCUCGACUUUACAUUCCCAUCAGGAGUGCAACAGAAGUCCACCAUUUGUCUGCUAGUACUUCUCGCGGUCUCCAGCUC